CUUUCGACGAAGAAACCACGACGAAUGACAGCACAUAGAUGUCACAACAUAGAGCCCGUAUUUGACGUUUCGAACAAUUACGCUUAUUACUCUAGGUGUGUUUUUCUAUGUGGCAAGCGCAUGACAGCUCUCUUCCAACAUUGGAGAUUAUGAAGGCGCCGCGCCGUCCGUCGUUUGGAUUCUGCUGUUUGUUUGUUUGUUGCAGUCUGUUUGUUAUCGCGAACGCUAACGUCCACGCGGAAGAUGAAGAUGAAGAAGAUGAAUGGAUCGACCCAUAUGACAUGCUCAACUACGACCCACUGACGCAGCGCAUGAGAAAACCCAAGGAGUCCGCCAGUUACCAAAAUGUGCCAACCAAGAGGAGGGAAUUCAGCUCUGAGUCCUGUGAAGCCCAGCGGUGUCCUGAUGUGUCCGAGUGCGCCACUAAACUAGAGAGUUUGCAAAAAGAGUUUGAUGGAUACAAAAAGAAGGGGACCGCCGCCUCGGUAAAACCAGUAUGUCUUCCGGUAUUCAAGCGUUUUCUCACCAAGCUCCUUAAAGAAACUUCAAAACUCGGUCUGCCUGACGAUGGACAGGCGUCCGUGCAUUAUGACGCUGAUGUGAAGCUGUCCAAGCAGUCGCUGGCGGAGAUCCAGAAGCUUCUGAAUGAAGAGAACGACUGGACCACUGGAGCCAUGGACGAGGCUCUCAGUCAGAUCCUGGUCAGAUUCAAACUCCACGACCGCGAGGCCUGGAAGUGGCGCUCCGAAGAUACGUUUUAUGUAGAUGCUGAUACUGCCCUGAAGGUUUCUUUGAUCGUUCUCAUUAUUGUAGCUGUAAUCUGCACCGAGCUCUGGUCCGUGGUCUCCUGGUUUGUCCAGUUCUGGAGAAUGUUUGCUGUUUGCUUUUUUAUUAGUUUGAUCUGGAACUGGUUCCAUCUUUACAUGGUUGCCUUUGCAGAACACAAGAAGAACAUCGUGGAGGUGGAGAGCUUCAACGGGAAAUGCACUGGACUGAAACAGCUGGACUGGAAAGACAGUUUAUCAGAGUGGUACAGACGCACAUGGACUCUUCAAGAUGACCCUUGCAAAAAGUACUACGAGGUCCUUGUGGUGAACCCCAUUUUGAUUGUGCCUCCGACGAGGGCUCUCACGGUCACCAUAACCAGUUUCAUCACGGAUCCCUUGAAGCAGAUCGGGCAGGGAAUUAGCGAGUUCCUCAGAGCCUUGCUGAAGGACCUUCCGGUCACUCUUCAGUUACCUGUGCUGCUUAUCAUUGCACUCGCCAUCCUUGUGUUCAUGUACGGGGGCGCUCAAGCGGCUAUACAUCAAGCCGUCCGCUUUCCCCGGCUCGGUUGGCGACGGGACCAGCCGCCUCCUGCGGUGGGACAGCACCAGGCUCCUCGAAUAAGGGAGCGUGAGGAAGCUUGGGAUAGAGGCGACGCUCCGCAACCUCUACAGGACAAUAGAAACGGAGGAAAUCAAGCGGGAAACCAAGGUGGCCUCAGGGCGGGAGAUGCUUAUGCCCCACAAAACAGGCAGGAGGACAGAAGCAUGGAAGUCCGACAGGAGUUUAGCAGCGUUCCCAGACAGACCCAGAGGGUAGAGACUGUGCGCGCUACAGGCAACAUGUUCAGCGACGAUGAGACCGAUCAACAUCGGACGGAGGAGGUGGCUCCUGAUACGAAGGAAAAGGCAGAGCCUGAAGGAAAGGCUGAAGAAAAGGAGAAAAACGCUCCUACGGAGGACAAAAAGGAGCAAAAAGAUACAGACAGGAGUGAGCCUGUAACCGGUGUGCCCUCUGCUCAAACAGAUGUGAAAACACUUGGAGCGAAUCAAGAGAAUCAGGGAGUUUCAGCAGAUCUUUCUGACGAAGAAGGCUAUUCAAGCUUUAAAACUCCGGUUCAAGAAACACUGCAUUAAAAUGGCCUCUGAACUUUUUUGUGCCAACACAGUUUUUGUGACAUUGACUUUUAAUUACAUUUUGGGAAUACUUUUUUUUUUUUUUCUCAAAUUUAAAUAUAUUUUUGCUACUUUCUCUUUAUAUAUUCAGUUUAAUUUUAAGUAAAUCUCCUGAAGUACCAUUCAUGUGUUUAUAAAGAGACGAUGAAGGGUGAAUGAGGUUUGCUUACAUCUUUGUCUCCAUCAGUUGUAUUUUUUGAACGUUAUACUGACACCUACUGCCCAGGAUGUGUGAUGUUUUGCUGCUACUUUACACAAAGAUGGUAGGGAUGCGUAGGGACAAACAUUUUGUCAGUAAAGCCGGUAAUCUCCUGUAAAUGCCAUCUUUACUGACAAAAUGCUUAUUACGUAUCAUCCGAUAAUUAGCGGUGCAUCCCUAAAAAAUGGUUUCUUUUUUCUCUCAUCAUUAUUUUUUCAUCUAAUCCAUCAGGUUUUUUUUUUUUUUUUUUUGAGCAUGUUGUAGGGUCUUUAUUCUGUUAAUGGCUUCUUGCUAAGCUUAUUUUUGCUAGUAUUUCUAAUUAUACACUUUGGAUCGGUUAAAUAAUGUCGACUCAGGCUGUAUUAUUGUGUCUGUAAUGUAUUUUUGUUAUAUUGUUUGAUUUGCUUGUUUUGUUUAGGUGUAUUUUUGUGAUUAUGAUUUAAAAAAAAAGUGCCUUAAGCACUGGGUGAAAGCACAGUAUAAAUAAAAUCUAAUUAAUUUGAUUUAUUAUUAUUAAUUUUAAUAAUAAUAAUAAGUUUUAUCGACACAGCUGGAGAUCGUGUGAUCUCAACAUGAGCCGUUUUAUUUGGAAUAAAAAAAAAUAUUUGACGGUGAA